AUGCUGGAUAAAUUUGAACGCAUUGUGGACGUAGAUUGCGAGUUUAACGACACCAAGACACGACAGUUUCUAGAGCUGAAUCUAGCCGUACUAGAGAUGGAAACAUCUCUAGCCACAGACGAAGGGUUUUACCAUAUGUCUGAGUCUCAUGACAGCAUCUUCCAGUCCCACGACAACGUCCGAAAUCACACCAUAUGGAAGAUAGCAGACAGAAAUGGCGAUCUAGCAAUUCAAGCAGCUUUCCUCCGCAUCCCAUACCUUGGCCUUAGGGGGACCAAUUUAAAUCGGCUCUCAGAUGGUGGUUUACCCAAGCACUUGAUAGACCUAAUGGGAGACUCAAUGGGUUAUCUCAAUUCCAUGACAGACCGCAUUUUAUCUGUUUAUAGGUUGUCAAUAAUGCGAAAUCCGCCAAAGACGCCACCAACGGCACAAUUGGCUCGGGUACACACAGGCACAGUCUAUAAAUUUAUGAACGAUAGCGAUGGCACCGAAGCAUCAAGCUUUGAAUAUUUUAGAAACCUGCUCUCUUCGUUUGACGUCCCGUUCAUCAAGUUUAAGGGGUCUUUCGCUGUCACGGAACCAACGGCUAGCCGAUUAAAAACCCCUGAAGAGAUUCUCGCUGAGCCUCCAGAAGUCGUUACAAAAAAUCAACUAACAGUUGAUAAGGAUGCGAGCGAGACGCCUUGGCCGAUGCACUAUGCGACAGAGAAAGGGUACAGAGAAAUGGUGAAGAAUUUACUUGAGCUGAAUGUGGACGCCAACGCGAUAGAUAUCAAUGGCCGGACACCUCUUGUCAUUGCUGCGAAGAACGGAGAUGUGGAAAUUGCGAAAUUGUUACUUGACAACAAGGCGGAUGUUGAGGCGAGGGAUGGCGACCUUCAUACACCUCUAAUAAUUUCGGUGAAUAAUAACGAUAUAGACAUGGCUACAUUAUUACUGCACAACAAGGCGAAUGCUGGGGCUAGGUUUGGAAAACGCCAGGUACCUAUAACCACUGCGGUAUGGAAUAGGAAUGAAGCAAUGGUUAAAUUGUUACUGGACAACAAGGUAGAUAUUGAAGCCAAAGGCGUCAAUGGCGAGACACCUCUGAUCACUGCCAUACGGGCUGACAGUGCAGCAAUGGUUAAAUUUCUACUAGACAACAAGGCGGAUAUUGAAGCAAAAGUCGCCUAUGAGACACCUCUAAUGGCUGGAGUACACAGUCGGAGACUGGAUAUUGUUACAUUGUUACUCCAGAGAAAGGCAGACGCUAGUGUGAGGGACCACCUUUACCGGACGCCUCUAAUAAUGGCGGUAGUAUAUAAACAUCUAAAUAUUGUCACCGCAUUACUUGGUCACCCAGGAGCCAUCCCCAAAGAUAGCGAGAAGAAACUGAAGGCCGAAGCUAGCAAGGCUGGAGGAGAUAUCGAGAGACUCGUGAAAAGCGCUCUAGAUAGUAGAGUUGGGCUAGAACAGAGUUCGGGUUCCAAUUAA